AUGGCUGAUGAUAUCCCCAUUACCAAAGACCCCUCCCAUGAGUCAGUGGUAGAAGGCUUCUCCCACCAUGCAGAAAACAUCAUCACCACAGAUCGCCAGCCCUACGGCCCACCCGGGUUAAAGGGUCUAAGCACUAACCCGUUUGUCGUUCUAUGCGCCGCUUGCUCGACCCUAGGUGGCUUGCUUUUCGGUUAUGAUCAGGGUGUGGUGUCCGUGAUUCUGGUGAUGGACCAGUUCCUAGCCGAGUUCCCGCGAAUUGAAGAAAGCCAUCCGGGCUCAGGCUUUGCGAAAGGUCUGUUGACGGCGAUGAUUGAGUUAGGGGCUCUGAUCGGUGCUUUCAACCAGGGCUGGAUUGCAGAUAAGAUCUCGCGACGGUAUUCGAUUCUAGUUGCCGUUGCGAUCUUCACUCUUGGCUCUGUGCUCCAGACUGCCGCUUAUGGGUAUCCUAUGUUGACGGUGGCCCGGUUGAUUGGAGGAAUCGGAAUUGGCAUGUUAUCUAUGGUUGCACCAUUGUACAUCUCUGAGAUUAGUCCCCCGGAAUGCCGUGGUACCCUCCUGGUUCUCGAAGAAUGGUGCAUUGUUUUCGGCAUCGUGAUUGCGUUCUGGAUCACCUAUGGCACACGGUACAUGGCCGGCGAAUGGGCCUGGCGUCUUCCUUUCUUACUUCAGAUGAUUCCGGGCUUUGUCCUCGCGGCCGGUGUCUACGCCCUUCCUUUCUCGCCUCGAUGGUUAGCUUCAAAGGGUCGAGACACAGAAGCACUUGAGAGUCUCUGUAGACUCCGUUGUCUGCCGGCGUCCGACAAGCGCGUUCGCCAGGAGCUUAUGGAUAUCCAGGCCGAGCUCCGGUUUCACCAGCAGAUGAACAAAGAGAAACAUCCCGACUUGCAAGGCGGUGGUACCAAGAAAUCCAUAUUACAGGAGUUAUCGUCAUGGGCCGACUGCUUCAGGAAGGGCUGCUGGCGUCGUACUCACAUCGGUAUUGGACUGGGAUUCUUUCAACAGUUCAUCGGCAUCAAUGCUCUGAUAUAUUACUCACCCACGCUAUUUGCGACAAUGGGUCUUGACACCAGUAUGCAACUUGUCAUGUCUGGCGUUCUGAACGUGGUACAAUUGGUUGGCGUCACCACUAGUAUCUGGACCAUGGACGUUGUCGGUCGUCGCAAGCUGCUUUUAGUUGGCGCCGCUCUCAUGGCCAUGUCCCACAUUAUUAUCGCCGUCUUAGUCGGCAUUUUCUCCGUGGACUGGCCAUCACACAAGGCAGAGGGGUGGACUAGUGUGGCUUUCCUUCUGUUCUAUAUGCUCGCCUUCGGGGCUACCUGGGGACCUAUCCCCUGGGCAAUGCCAUCCGAAAUAUUUCCUUCCUCACUUCGCGCCAAGGGUGUCGCUUUAUCAACCUGCUCUAACUGGCUCAACAACUUCAUCAUUGGUCUCAUAACUCCACCUCUCGUUCAAGAUACCGGCCACGGUGCCUACAUUUUCUUCGCCGUCUUUUGCGUUCUCGCUGCAGUGUGGACCUACUUCUUUGUACCGGAAACCAAAGGCCGAACGCUCGAGCAGAUGGAUCAUGUCUUCAAGGAUAACUCUAGCGAAGAGGAAAGAGCUAUGAGGCAGGUCAUAGAAACCGAGUUGAUCCGUGCUCAGUACGAGACUGCGCAUCGGGAGUUUGCGUGA